AUGGAGGCCGGUAACACAUCUGCUGUUGUUGCUGCUGGAGAUGCCCUUGUUGAACAAAGUGAAGAGGUGAUGGUCCCAACUGGCGGGGGGAAUCCAACAUUAGGAAUGGCCCAUCUCAUGAAACCCUUGGUUAGUGAGGACAUUCUUUAUUAUCCUCCACCACCAACUGUACUGAUAGCCUCAAACCCCAAUUCUCAGAACUUGAAGAAAUGGUGUUUAAAAGGGAGCAAAACAAGCCCCAAAGCAAGAUGGAAUCUUUGGGUGAAUUCUUUGGAGCCGAGGUACGGAGAAAUCUGGAGGAGAAGUGGGAUCUACCAAGCAAUCAAGGCCUCCACAUAUAGUGUCCCGAGGGACAAGAUGUUGCUCUUGGGCUUUGCAGAGUUCUGGUGCUGUGAUACCAAUACUUUCGUUUUUCCUUGGGGUGAGGUAACCAUAACUCUUGAAGAUAUUCUUCAUUUAGGGUCUUUAUCUGUUAUAGGUUGCUCAAUAUUAACUCCCUGUGAUAAUGAUGAAUGUGGUCAUGUCUAUAAGUGUCUGAGAAAAGAAAUCAAGCAAGUUAAACGUGAUCGUGGUGGAUCUGUGACUCCUUAUAUGUGGAUAGAUCAUUUUGCUGUGAAUACUGGUAAGGAGGUCGAGCAUGAAGCCUUUCUCUUAUGUUGGCUGUCAAAAUUUGUGUUUGUACGCACUCAGAUACUCGUGCAGGAUCUAAAUGUGGCGAUUCAUUUGUCUAGAGGCACUAGGGUUGCCCUUGCCCCUGUUGUUCUUGCUUAUAUUUAUAGAGAUAUGAGUGUGCUACAUAAUGCAAUGGGUAAGCCUGUUGAAUCAGGGUCUAGAAUUGGUAAGAAGUUCUUUAUGUGGCACUAUGAUUUAGUGCAGAUGUGGGUUUGGGAGAGGUUUCCGGAAAUGAGUCCAAAUCCUAAAGUCAUAGAAAGCGGAGACCCUAGAGCAGCACGGUGGAAUGGAGUCACAAAGCUGAACUUAAGUGAUUACAGGACGGCCUUAAACAAUGACAGCAUUUUAUUAUUUUGGCGCCCUUAUUCUCUGAUUCAGAGCGGAAGUAUGUUGAGCAACUUGUACAAAGAUAAAGAACAGUGGGUAGUGGUGGAGUCUGAUGCAGUAGAAGCUUUUGCUCGAUGCUUGAUAGCUUCUAACUUGAAUGGAUUGGGUUAUACUGAACCGUAUUUUCCCCAAAGAGUUGCUAGGCAAUUUGGAUUGGACCAAGAUAUUCCUCUGCUUGCUAGGAAUAUUGCUUUGGGCAGUUAUGACAGACCUAUUAGAGGUGUAAAAGUCUAUAUACCACCUCGAGAUUUUCAGUCUGAUGUCACUGCCCGAUACAGUUCUUGGUGGAAGGGCCUUUUGGCUGUCAAUGAGAAUUAUGUGAACAACAGCAACCAUGAACAACAACUUUUAGCGUUGCUUCCUUGUGAACACCAGAGCAAUGCAGAAUCCUUCGAGGCUCCUGGUUCUCUUUCUGGUUGUGUUAUGCAAAGCCUAGAAGCUGGUCCUUCAACUGCUCAACUUAAUAGUCAAUUGGGAAAACCUGAUGGCUUUGAUAAAAGGAAUGAUCCUGGCAAUGAUUCAGUAUUGAGCAGUGAUGAUGAUGUUGAUGAAGAUAGUCUUACAAUUACACAACUUCUCAGUCGAACUAGAAAGAGAGAGAAUUUUGAGAAUGCAAGGGAUGUUGGUAAUGAGCAUGUACUGAAUACUGGUACUUCAAAUUUGAUGGCAUUGGCAAUAUGCCCUGACACUACUAAUGGCUUAACUUGCACAAGCGAACCCCUGGAAAUGAGUGUGCCUUCUUUUAAAGUUGUGAGUCUAGAGGAUAACAUUAUUAAUCUUGAAGAAGAACGCGGUGAGGAAUCACAACACCUGGGAUUCAAGGCUCGUGGUUGCAGGCUCGAAAUGAUUUUGGAUAAGCAUGGAGCAGUAGAUCUGCCGGUGCUAGUUCUGCAGCCUGCAGGAAAUCCUGAGAAGUAG